GGGCUCCCAGCGCAGGCGCACGCGCCCCGCCUGGACUGGGGUCCCUGCGCGCGGGAGCCGUGGCGCACUCGGCGGUGGUGGCGGGAGAAGCGCUUCCGGUGGUGACGGAGGCGCCACCGAACAGGUCCUGCAAGUGGCGCUGGCGGCGGCCCGCGGGGAGCGUCCGCGACCAUGUCUGGAGCACUCCCACCGAACAUCAACAUCCAAGAGCCUCGAUGGGACCAAAGCACUUUUGUGGGACGAGCCAGUCAUUUCUUCACUGUGACGGACCCCAGGAACCUCCUGCUGACCAACCAACAGCUGGAGGACGCCCGGAAAACCGUGCACGAUUACAGACAAGGAGUGGUCCCUCCGGGUCUCACUGAGAACGAACUGUGGAGAGCAAAGUACAUCUAUGACUCAGCUUUCCACCCCGACACCGGAGAGAAGAUGGUUUUGAUUGGACGAAUGUCAGCGCAGGUUCCCAUGAACAUGACCAUCACGGGCUGUAUGAUGACAUUUUACAGGACCACGCCGGCGGUGCUGUUCUGGCAGUGGAUCAACCAGUCCUUCAAUGCCGUGGUCAACUACACCAACAGGAGCGGAGACGCCCCCCUCACUGUCAGCGAGCUGGGAACGGCUUACGUGUCUGCAACAACUGGCGCCGUGGCGACCGCUCUAGGACUCAACGCACUGACCAAGCACGUGUCACCACUCAUAGGACGCUUCGUGCCCUUUGCCGCCGUAGCUGCUGCGAAUUGCAUCAACAUCCCACUGAUGCGGCAAAGGGAACUCAAAGUUGGCAUUCCUGUCACCGACGAAAACGGGACCCGCUUGGGUGAGUCGGCACAGGCUGCCCAACAAGCCAUCGCACAAGUGGUCGUCUCCAGGAUUCUCAUGGCUGCGCCCGGCAUGGCCAUCCCCCCGUUCAUCAUGAACACCCUGGAGAAGAAGGCAUUUCUGAAGUCCACUCCUCCCUCCCUCACGUUAACCUGUGCGACGUCCUCUUUCACCGGAGGAGUCUUCGGGGACCAGGAGGUUCCCGUGGAUGAGUGCGCCCAUUCAGGUUGGACUGGUUGGCUUCUGUUUGGUAUUUGCUACGCCUCUGUGCUGUGCCCUCUUUCCUCAGAAAAGUUCCAUGUCCGUGACCAGCCUGGAGCCUGAGCUGCAAGCCAAGCUGCGAGAGAGCCACCCUGAGCUCCGCCGCGUGUACUUCAACAAGGGACUGUGAAGGGGGAGGACGCCGGCCCAGCCCGCUGCUCGGACCUGGUGCGCCAGCGAGGGAGGCCUCUCCGCCUGGCUUCUCCCGGGCGCAGACCUUCUCCAAGACCCACGUCAGCCUGUAGAGUCGGCUGCUCCGUCCAGCAUGGCGCCGGGUGGGCCAGGCACCCCCGUCGCCCUCUCACAUCUGAGUCAUGGGAUAAUGAACAGAAAUGGCCUUCCUGUAGCUUUUACGGUAAUUGUUUCCUCAAAGACAGCAGUCCAGCUCUCACCUCGAGUUUUUAAAAGCGCUGCUAGGCACAGAGUAGAUGCUCAAGAAAUUGAUUAUCAGUCAGUACAAAGGAAAUCAGGUAAAAUACUGAGUUGUCAUCCCACUCUUGUUUCAGAGCAAGGCCACGGAGGCAGUGAUUUGCAGAGCACACAGCUCUGAUGCUAAACUAUAAAACAUAGCGCGUAGGGUAAACCCUGCGUCGCGGAACGGACACGCGUGGCGCGGCGUCCUGCUCUCAGGAGCUGGGCACUCCCUGCUGCUGGACGUCUCUGGUCGAACCUUAAAUUGCUUCUGUUUUACGUUCCUACGAAAACAUUAUACCUGUUGGCUUGAUAUUCAAUUACAUCAAACACUCAGAUAACUGCCAUGUGCACACGUCAGUGUAGGAAGCGUGUUCGGUCCUGGUGCGGCGUGCCAGGACGUUCGGGUUCGUCUGGCAGAUUUCAGGAGUGAGAGCAGGGCCAGCCCCUACGGGUCUUGUCUCGUCCUUGCUGAUCUCAUUGGCUUUCGGGAAGAUUCGGACAUCAUGUAUGUGAAUCGGUGGCUAAAUGAUUUUACUUGAAGGUUGUGUACUGCAUCCGCCCUGUUUGAAAAUAAGGCUCCAUGGACCACUGUUUACAUCCCUGUAGUAGUUUCACAUUUAAUAUAGUUCAUGCAAUAGAGACUGUGUUUCUGGUCUGUCCGUGUUCACAGGUGUAGGCAAGGCAGUGUGCCCUGGCGGGUAUUGAUUCCACUGUAAUUCGGAGACGUGUAAGUGGAAAAAGGUACAACAGUGCUGGCAGAUCUUGCAAUGAGACGGGCUGAGUUCCCCAUCCAGAAACAGGGUGUGCCUCGUGUGCGUUCCUCUUCUCCGAGGGGUGGAUGGGCCACUCGGAGCCUUCCUUUAUGCCUCCAAAAUGGUCUCCAUUUUUCCGUCUUAAUCCCUUUGAAGCAAAAGAGGUUCCCACAACACAUGCCGGCCUUGCGUGUGUUGUGUUGCCAUAGAUGCUGCUCUUGAAGAAGUGGUCAAAGCCUGAAAUUCAAGGCCGUCUCCCUGAGGUGCUUCCAGGGUGCUCCUACCGAGAGCCCAGCCCGGGAGGCCCUCCCACGCCCGGCUACCCCAGAACGCUCACCCCCUCCCUGGGAGCCCCCCCAGCAUCCUCACCUUUGCUGAAAAAGCAAUGGCUGGGCAGAAGGUGGAUAAACUGCCAUUUUCAGGCGCCAUUAUGAAAGGGAUAGCAACUGUGGAGCUAUGUCUACUUAACAUUAUCGUAGGAGCUCUGGCUCCUGGCGCUUUUUUUUCCUGUCAGCGUCACCGUGGUUUAUAAAAAGGAACAAACGGACGGGAUGCCCUGGCCACCUCCCAGCGACCCGGAGGACCGCUCCCAGGAAGUGCAAUGGCUGGGAAAGGCGCCGGACCCCAGGCGGGCGUGGCCGAGCGUGUGCUGCGGGCGGGCGGCGGCUGCUCAGUGUUGGCGCGGUGUC